AUGUCUGUUCCUCGUGUGCUUCUUCUAGGCGGCCAUGGGAAGAUCUCGCUGCUACUGACGCCUCUGCUGCUCGCCCGCGGAUGGGACGUUGUCAGCGCUGUCCGCGAUCCGAAACACGAACCGGAUAUCCUCAAGUUCAACCGUGACGAUAGUAAGAGCGGGAAAGUGACCGUCUCGCUGUCUGACCUGGAGAAGAUCAAGAGCAGCGAGGAUGCUGCAAAGGUCAUCUCGGCUGCCAACCCAGACUACAUCGUCUGGGCCGCUGGAGCUGGAGGCAAAGGCCCCGUGGACCGAACAUAUGCCAUCGACCAGGAAGCAGCCAAACACUUCAUCCACGCCGCCAUGUCCCAGCCCAGCAUCACCAAGUUCCUGCUCAUCUCUCACAUAGGCAGCCGCCGCAAGCCCGCUCCCUGGUGGACGGCCUCAGACCGGGAAUCCGUAGACCGCAUCAAAGCCGCAAUGCCGGACUACUACAAGGCCAAGCUCGACGCAGACGAGUACUUCUCCGUCAUGGCUGUGCAGCGCAAGGAGAAGCAUGGAGACGCCCGCUUCCAGGCAGUCAACUUGCGACCUACCACCCUGUCUGACGACCCGGCGACGGGGACGGUCGAGCUUGGCCGUACCGGCACUGGAGACAGCGUACCUGUUUCGCGCGCGGACGUGGCCAUCGUGGCUGACGAGGUUCUGGCCAGGUCUGAUAUUCGAGGAUAUCAGGAUCUGAUUAGCGGUAAGACGCCUGUGAAAGAGGCGGUUGAGAAAGCUGCCCGGUCUGGUCUUUGCUGCUUCGAGGGAGAGGAUCUCGAGGCCAUGCGUGAAAAGUUCAAGGGGCAGUCCCUCGGUUGA